UGAGAAAAACAUAAUCAGUUGUACUUAAGACAACAUUAUUGCAACAAUAACCGCUACUAUGGAUUUUUCAGCAUUACUUUUUACAGAGAAUGUUAGUGUCCAAAGUUUGUUAUUUGGAUUAGUCAUUUUACUGAUUAUACGAUGGUUUAUGACACCACCAAAAUCUAACUACAAUUUACCACCGGGUCCUAGAGCUCUUCCAAUAAUUGGAAAUCUACUUCAGGUUCUUUCCAUUACCGAUUUUUAUUCAAUGUUGAAAGAGCUAAAAAAACAAUAUGGCGAUAUUUUUAAACUCAAAAUUGGUCCAUAUAACUACGUGUUUGUAUGUAAAACUGAAACGAUUUUGGAAGGACUAGUAAAAAAAGGACAACAUCUGAAUGGAAGGAGUUCACUCUAUGCUUUAGAUAAAGUAUUCCGAAACAAAGGUAUCGUUUUUAGUUCUGGAAAACAAUGGAAAGACCAGAGAAAGUUUACCAUGUCAGCACUUCGGGAACUAGGAGUAGGCAAAAAAGUUCUGGAAGAAAAGAUAUCUUUAGAAACCCAGAGAUUAGGCGAAGCUUUUCAAUCUCAAAAUGGUAAACCGUUCUCCUUGAAUAAACAGUUGCCACUCUUCACUUCGAGUGUCAUAUACAAUAUCAUAUUUGGUAAAAGGAUCAAAUACAGUGAUUCUGAGUUUCAGGAGAUCGUUCAACAUUUUCAAGAUGUGUUCAAAUAUAUUGGUGUAUUUGUACCAGAAAAUUUCUUUCCAUUCAUCAGAUUUUUUCGGUGGAAUUCUUCCAUAGAAAAGGUUAUAAGGAAGCAGGAGAAGGUCCGAAGUUACGUAAAAAAUAAAAUCAUAGAACAUAAAGAAACGUUUAAUGCUGAAAACAUAAGAGAUUUCAUUGAUAUGUAUUUGCUGACGCUUGAGAAGGAACCAAACAGUGAAACGUUAACUGAUGAGAAUUUGUUCCACACAAUUUGCGAUUUAUUUCUGGCUGGAACCGACACAACUUCUAGCCAUCUUACCUGGGCUUUUGUCUGUAUGGCCAAAUACACGGAUGUACAGGAGAAGUGUCGAGAAGAAAUUGUACAGGUAAAUUAUUUAUAUAUUUGUCCUCUUUUAAUAGUUAAUAGAGUUUGAGAAGAUAGAUUAAUU